UCGCAAACAAAUAGUAAUCGAAUUUUAUAAAAAGCAAAUCUUGUUUUUUUCUACAAGGAAUGGCGUGGAGAUGAUACAGAAUGUUGUUUGCACAUGCAGAUGUAACACGAAGUUUGAUGUUAAGCAUGGAUUAAAUAGUUAGAUAUAUAUCAAACUGUCGACGCAUUAUUGGAUGUAACCCAGAAAGACAGGUGACUAUGUUAAGUAUCUAAUUGAAUUUUAAUUGGAUCAAAAAUAAAUCUGCUCUUAUACUGUACAUCUGAAUGUUAAAUUAACAUAAUAAUGAAAUAACAAAAUAGGAGAUAUUAAAUAUCACUACAUGAUAUUAAAGAGACUUAUCUACUUUUUAUUGGGUCAAAUAUCGAAAAAAGAAAAUCGUGUUGAAUAUGGACAACAUUCAUGUUACAAUGAUAUAACAUCACCAACAAUUCAAAUAACAGCUAUAUUGUUAGCCAAUAUUAAAACAAUGACUGAAAAUGCUCUAUUUUUCCGAAAAACGUCAGUAACUCAGAGUCUAUUGAAAACGGAAUGACAAAAUUGUGUUUAAAUUACUUUUUGCCAGUUGCUGCUUAUAAAAGUAGGUAAAAUACAAAUAUUUUAACAAAAUUUGUAGAAAAAAUAAUGUUCAAGAAUAAUAUGUGGACUCGCCCCUUUAACAUCGCGGGAUUGCUUUAAUCUGAUGUCAUGUCAAUUAUCUGUCGCUUUCCUAAUUUUCAAGUCCGUUGAUAUUGAAAAGGUUUAACUCGCUUAAGGAUGUUUUUCGAGUUGUUACUUACAUUUAGUCAUCAGAAAUGUUCACUUUUUCUUACAUUUAGUUGGAGGUCAAUCAGAUACUAUGAAGACAAUGGUGUCACAAUUGUGACCAGCAGUGAUAACAGGGCGCGAGGUGUAUUAUGAUGCUAAAUAAAUAGCCGGUGACAGGGGGAUGGAAAUAAAAACAACACAUAAUGUCCAUAUAACUUAAAAUGGUGAAAAGAACUAUGUUGUGAUAUAAUUUCUUAAUGUAACAGUGCAGUGCAUUCCCCGAAAGUUUUAAAAGAGGUGCGUUUCGAUUUUAGUAAAGUGGGAAGCUAAAUAACUAAACGGAUAUAUUAGUAAGACAUUGAAUAAUUCGAAAUUAUAUCAUAUGAUUUUUUAUCUCAUAGUUACUUUUAGCAUUUGGAUGUAAUAUUGUCAACGAAACAGUGGCAGAUAUUUGGGAACUAAAAGAUGUUUAAACUUGUCGUCAUCAUCUGUGCAAUUGCAACAGCCCGCGCAUGUGUCGACGAUCCAGCGUUCACACAGGACAGCAAAAAUUGCGCCCAGAUCGUAGCGGCGUCAUCAGCCGAGUGCUAUGACGUCACGAUUGCAAGCUCGUGCUGUGCUUCCUGUCAGGCCAUCAGCUCCGGAAGAACAGGUUGUGAGUACGGUGACCGGGCGACCUCGUGUCUGGCCUUCCUGUGUAUAACCUACAAUGACCCGGGCGAGUGCUGCCAGACAUGUGGGACGGUCCCAACUGUAGCUACUGUCGUCACAGUAAGUACUUCCGCUUUCUCGUCACCAGCUUUAUCCACAACAACAGCAACCACACCAACAGAACCUAGUCGAUUACAACAAAUAAAUACUCAGUCCUUCACAGUACAAACACCAACGCCUUACCAAGCAGUUACUAUUACUCAAGCACUUACGACUCCUCAAAUACCUACGACUAAUCAAGCAGUAACAAUAACUCAAGCUCCAACGACCACUUUUCAAGCACCAACGACUAACCAAGCAAUAACAAUUACUCAAGCAGUUGCAACAACCCAGUCACCAACGACGACUGGAGCACUAACGACUACCCAAACACAAACUCAAAUAAACACUCAACCAACGACUACAACUCUGUUUCAGGCGGCAACUACUCAGCCGGCCACUAUCCCGACAAUACCGUCAACAACUGCUCAAACGACUAUUCAAAAACAAUCGACUACACAACAGGCAACCACCACUCUACUACCAACUACUAUUCAACAGCCAACUACUACACAACAAUCUAUCACCAUUCCACAACAAACUACUACUCAACAACCAAUUAUCACUACUACAAUUAAACAGCAAACGACGACCGCUGAAAUAACGACCACGCCACAACAAACCACAACUACACAACCUAUUACCACUCAAAAACAAACCACGACCACACAGCCGACAACAACUCAACAACAGACUACGAACACACAACCGAUAACCACUCAACAACAAAUUACGACCACACAGCCGAUAACCACUCAACAACAGACUACGAACACACAACCGAUAACCACUCAACAACAAAUUACGACCACACAGCCGAUAACCACUCAACAACAAACCACGACCACACAACCGAUAACCACUCAACAACAAACCACGACCACACAGCCGAUAACCACUCAACAACAAACCACGACCACACAGCCGAUAACCACUCAACAACAAACCACGACCACACAGCUGAUAACCACUCAACAAAAAACCACGACCACACAGCCGAUAACCACUCAACAAAAAACCACGACCACACAGCCGAUAACCACUCAACAACAAACCACGACCACACAGCCGAUAACCACUCAACAACAAACCACGACCACACAGCCGAUAACCACUCAACAACAAACCGCGACCACACAACCGAUAACCACUCAACAACAAACCACGACCACACAACCGAUAACCACUGAACAAAAAACCACGACCACACAACCGAUAACCACUCAACAACUAACUACUACGACCACACAACCGAUAACUACUCAACAACUAACUACUACGACCACACAACCGUUUACCACACCAAUCACGACAACGGUACAGGGCACGACAAAGACAGCGACCACAGAGGCACAAGUAUCGGGAACACCUACGACAGAGGGCGCCACAAUUACACCGACAGUCGUAUCCACUGGUAAUAUUACGACCACGAUGUCGUUGAGUACAACUGAAAUAGAGGAAAAUGCAGAUAACGGGACUCAGUCAGCUGGACGCUUGACUGACGAAGAGUUGGCUUACAUCAUAUCGAGUAUCGUGUCCGGGCUGAUCGUGUUGAUCGCGCUUGUUGUCAUGGUUACCUGGCUCGCUUCCAGGAUCCGCAGGAAACACUACAAGCGACAUCACCAUAAAAGGAGAUCACAUAAGCGCUACGAAAACCGUUACACAGACAGCGGGUCCUCAGGUGCCAGUAACAUGUCCAAGGAAAUAUACGUCCCCUACGCCGGGCCACCGGCCAUCGCCCCUCGCUUUCACAGUUCCACCGCCAUGGAGCCGUUCUCCGUUCUUCCGUUUGCGCACUCCGGUCGUCCGUACACGCCGUACAUGUUCGACACGCGCGUCGGCGGUUACUUGCAGGCGGACGAUGACAUAAUGGACUUCCGCCGCAAACCAUACCAUUCUGCCCUUCAAAUGGAGAGCGAGUUCUCACACCGCCCCUCUUACAUGUCUGCACCGGAACUCUACAGAAUUCCACGAGCGUGGCAUAGUGAUAGUUGAAUAAAGUGAAUGAUGUCAAUCAGUAUUAUGUAUUUCUAUUAUGAAUAUUCUAAAAAUGUUGUAUUUAUUAAACCAUAUUUUUGCA